AAAAAUUAUUCGUUUAUUCCUUUCUUCGGCUUUGCUUCUCCACUCCACAGACCACAGCCACCGACGACGCCACGAUGGUUCUUCAGUUCUCCCUCGCCUCUCGCUGCUUCUAUGCCUAACGCCCUUCGCCCUCAACGACACUCCGGUCAGGCAGACAAGCAAUCGCUCCCUCGUGCGGUGACGCCCUCCGGCCUCCUACCUCGCUAGUGGCUCCUCAGUCCUCAAGCGGUUAGACCUCACCUCAGCCUUUCCCUUCAGCCAAUCAGCCAUCUGCGGCUCUGCUAGUCUGCUUCACUGAGUCACCGAUCAAACUCACUGUAACUCUAAGAGUCUAACAACAUGAUUCGAAGAAUAGCCCAAAUCAACCAUCUGAACCCUUCGAUACCUGCAUCUCUCGAAACUUUAAGCCACCAAUUUAUACAACGAUGCUUAGUGAGUGGGACAGCAAAGGGCAAGGGAAAAUUGAAGGCAGGUCAGAUCUUGAAGAGAUCCAAAAUUUCUACCAAAAAGGGCUCAGAAACUAUACAGAAAGAGGCUCCAAAAAGAAGAAGUGAGUUCGAUGAAAUGCUUGAAGAAUGCUUGACUUCAACAUCACCUCGCCGGUUCUUGAAGCCAAAAGAGAUGGAACGUGAAGCAGAGAGAGAGAAGAUGGGCCUAACUUCCAAAGCCCGCGAAGAUGAGAAAAAGAAAUUGAAGAAAAUGGGGAAGGAGUUUGACUCUCCUUGGAUGAUUGGGACUCCAGGUUUGGACCUGAUUUCUUUAGGGUUAGUUGAUGCGGAUAAGAUACCAAAGUACGAGAUGACGGUAGAGGAUGGGCGAAGGCUAGCCAAGGAGUACAGUAAGGUGUUGAUGAGGAAGCAUAGGGCGAGGCAGGCUGCAGAGUCCUCGCUGUUGAGGUUGAAGAAAGAGGCUAUCGAGGCACUGCCGGAUAAUCUAAAAGCUGCAGCUUUGGUUCCUGAUUUAUCCCCAUUCCCAGUAAACCGGUUUAUGGCAACCUUGACACCUCCAAUCGAAGGAUAUAUUGAGAAGGUUCAGGAGGCAGCAAGGAGGAGCUCUGGAAAGGAGAAGCUCCGAUAAACAAGCUUCAAGGUUAGGUGUUUAUGCUGUUUUCUGCAAUAAUCCAUCGUUCAGUUCAUUAAAGACUAAAGACAUAUGCACUGGGAAACAGCAUUACUUUCUGUUAAUCAUCAAGACAACAAAAUUGCAUCUUUUGUAGCUUUUCACUAAUUUUAUUUUGAUAAUUGUGCAACAAAAGAAGUCAGGGUCGACUGGGAAAGUCUUUAUCUGCACAGAUUGCAACCUUCUUUUCUCAAGGUUCCAUAUACUGAUUGCACCAGAUGAACCUCCAGAUGUUAUAAGGGGCUCUCCACAUCAAUGCUUAAUGAUAAUGUGGUAACAGAACUCUUUGUAUAAUCAGAAUCCUGUCGGGUUGGUUGCAGUUGCUGCUAAUUCUAUUACAGGAUUAAGGAGAAAAGACAAAUAACUUUUCAUAGAAUGAGAUUUUGGCUCAUGUGUCAUGUAUAAUUAUUUAA